AAAAUAAUUCGAUGGUGGGGGUAGAACACGUUUACGUGCCGAAACGUGUGCGAAGGGAGCUGUUGGAGUCUUCAGUCGAGGUCGAACAACCGCGGGGCCAAUAUACCCUCGCGCCAACACCGAAAAAUAUACAACUCUUGCCUGUUUACAAAUACUGCGAGGGAAUAUUCUCGGUGUUUGUUGAGUGACGCUCGAUGGGAUUUUAAUCCACUGUGGAUAUUUAAACUCAAGUUAAGUGAAUGCCAGUGUGCGAUACCAUUGAGACUCCGGUGAUCACCAGUGCCAAAGAUAAUUCCUCAUUUAUUAUUUCUCGUCAACCAAAAGCAGUGAGACGAAAAAAAAAAUAAUGAACCAAGUGAAAUUGACAAUCUUAUCAGUGUCGAGUGAUAGUUAAUCAGUGAAACGUUUGAAUUUCACCAGUCGCCGAGAAUUUCAAACAUCUCUCAACACCCGAAUAAAAUCCACAGUGAAGACGGAAUAAUUUUCCCGCGCAGCCGGUGCCCCCUCCCCCCGCAGUAGUGGGAGGUUGUUUCAUUCAUAAAAAAACUCUUUAUUACUCUCGCGCAUGUGCCAUUCCCGCGGCCCCCGUCCUCGAAUCCCCCAAUAAACAAGCACGCUAAACCCAUUUGUACAUCUCGAAAAAAAAAAAACUCAAAAAUGCGAGGUGAAUCAGCGCGUCCGGGGAAGCGUCCCCUGCGUGCGCUCUCGGCAUCGGAGAAGAUGGAAGCGAUUCAGCGUGUGCACGAGGGUGAGAGUAAAGCGUCAGUGGCCCGUGACAUAGGUGUACCGGAGUCAACCCUUCGAGGCUGGUGCAAAUCCGAGCAAAAAAUUCGCGGAAUGGCGAGAAAUUCAUCUACCCCAGACAGUGAGGCGCACUCACCGGCGUCCUCCUCAGGGACAAACCUGACGAUGGCCCACGCCAAUCACUCGAGCGAGGAGGAAGGGCCCUGCGUGAAGAGGGCAAAGGUCGAUACGACCGCGGGCUCAUCCUACAUAAGCGAAAAUUCGGAGAACGACGCGCGAAUGAGCGAGACAUCGCGAAUUGAUUACGUCACGAGUUUGAUGACGAGUAUGGCGGGAAUGAGACCGGAGAACAGUGCACUACUGCUGCAGCAGUUGGGACUGUUGUCGGGGGGUGGGAGCCCCCUGGCGAAGGGCCUCCUGAGUAUGCCGAUGGUGCCGCACAGCAGUGCAGUGGGACUCGUCGAGAAUGGCCUUCAGUACACCAAGAGCAACGGGGGCAAGAGGCACAGUACAUCGGCAGUUGCCCCCGCGCAGAUGGAGGCGGUCAAGUCCUCGAGGAAGAGCCUUCCACCGGCUGCUGAGGCACCACAGACACCAGUACCUGCUUCACCGAGGAAGACCAGCGACUCGGGGACGAGGGAGAAGAGGGAGAUCCAGCCGAAUCAUCACAACAAAAAGGCCGAUGAGGCACUUUGGAUGUGGCUGACGCAGCAGCAACAGCUGCUCGGCCAACAAUCAGCUGCUUUCAAUCUCAGUAAUAAUCAUCACGAUGGCUCGUGGUUCUGGCAGUGGUACAAGCAGUUCAAUUAUCCUGGUGCACCACUUGCCACCCCUGUCGCCAAAAAAUCACCGAGCAAGACGAGGGCUCUUCUUGAUAAUGUUUUGUGUAAUAAUAAUAAUGAGAAUGUCAAGCAUUUUAUCGAGGGGGAGGAGAGCGGGGAGAGGGAGGCGGGAAUUAGCAGUGAGGAGGCCAUUGAGCAUGGGGAGAAGUUUGUACAGUGGCUGGAGAAGUGCAGCGAACCCGCUGUCACCAGGGUGCAGAUCAUUCAGUUCAAGUAUCUUAUUGAUAAUCUUAAGGCGUGCAGGAAGAAGUCUACGACCGCGAAACAGAGUAGGAAGUAAGACGGUGGGAGGGGCUGUACAUAGGAUUGUUAUACCAAAUUUCGGGGGGGAGAGGAGGCACUGGUGAGCAUUUUUCGAGGGCUUGGGGUGAGUCGAGGCUCAAUGGGUCAUAUCAGCAGGUUUUGGAGGGGAGUGCAGGGGAUUGCAGGGAAUGGAGGGCUUCAAAGGAUAGUUUCGGAUUUUGGGAAGUUUUUUUUUGAGAUUUGUGGGGAUAUCGCGGGUUUUGGUUUUUUUGGGAAUUUUGGAGGUGGGAGGUUUUUGAAAAUUUUAGGGAGCAUUUUUUAAUGUUUUGUUUUGGGAAUUUCUCGGGGCUUUGAAUGCAGUAGCGAAGCGGUAAACCGGGUUAAGUCGAUUUUGAUUAUUGGCCAGUUUUUGACGAAU